AUGGCUCAAGUAUCAGAGAAGGUGCUGUCGUGGCUAUACAGCGUGCUUCAUGAAUACAAUGACCCUCAGCGCACCUACUCCGACGCUGCACGCAUCCUCUCUGCCUACACCUCUAUCAGUCCUCGCACUGAAGUCUAUACAUACGACAAUGGCACCUCUGCUCUUCUACUCACACUCUCCGGCACCCUACCGGUCGACUUUCGAGGCACAACAUAUCGCUUUCCAAUCAAACUCUGGAUCCCACAAGCCUACCCCCAGGAAGCGCCCAUAGCAUACGUCAACCCGGGCAUUGACAUGCUGAUCCGGCCAGGCCAGCAUGUAGGUGUAGACGGAAGGGUAUAUCACCCGUACCUGCGAGACUGGGAACGCAUGUGGGAUCGCGCGAGCGUGGCGGAGUUCCUUGGGUUCUUGCAGCAGGUGUUUGCGAAGGAGCCGCCGGUGAUCAGUAAAGCGCACCAGCAGCAGUACUAUCAACGGCAAAGUGCGGUUCGACCAACGGGUCAUGGUGCAAGCCCAGCGCCACCCAGGUUGCCUCCAAAACAGAGAGUAGGCGAUGCUGAUUUGACGGAGAUGUCACCGAUGAGCACGCCGGGUCCACCUGCACGGCCACCGAAGCCGGGAGAAGAACGUGUGGAUUCGUACCCUCAGCGGACGUCUUCGCGGAAUGUUGCGAGAGACGGUCCCCCUCUUCCACCUCUGCCUCACAACCAGAGAGAGGGUGAAUCAGCUACAUUAAGAUCACAUCAGAAUCACAACGCUUCCGCUGGGCAUAUGUAUCAAUCGAGCUAUCAGAAUGGGCGACCGCCUGGUCCGCAAGUGCCACCACUACCUGCGCACUCCGAACGGCAUCAUGAGCACCUGAGAUCACAGCACAACCGUAGCCCGGUCUCCCCAGUCUCUCCCGUCAACGGCUUCGCAAAGCCGGCAGAUUACAGGUACUCACACCUCCCUCCCCCGCCGCCACCGCAUUAUGCUCAACAGCAGCCGCAUUACCAACCUUCUGGACAACCUGCACCGCCACUAGAUCAACGCUUAUCGCAGCAGCAAGGCCAGUUCCACGCACAACAGCAGCGGUAUUCGCAAGCUUACCAACAUCCACCGAGCCAACCUAGGCCGUAUCAAGCACAGCAGACACCAGCAAAGCAACCGCAGAAGGUACCGGCACCGGACCUGCUUUCCGAUCCUUUUGACGUAGCACUACCUGGCCCUGGUGUUACCGGUCCGCCAGCACCAGCGCCGCCCAUACCGCCGAACCCGGAGAAAGAACACUUGCUACAUGCCAUCUCCACCUCGCUAGUUCAACAGGCCCAAGCCAAAGUCAACCAGAAUCUAUCCGCUCUCGCACCAUUGCAAGCUCAGCACGCCGCUCUCCGCUCAGCCUACCAAAACCUCCAGAACGAAAUCCGGACCAUGGAAGCGCUUUCCCAGACUCUCAACAUCAACGAGCAGAUACUGCGCCGGAACAUCACAGACUGCGAUCGCACAAUCGCCACUGCCAAGACUAAGCCGCAGCCAAAUAUCGACGAAGUGCUGGUCGCUCCUACAGUCGUCGCGCAGCAGCUCUGGAACGCCUGCGCGGAUGUGGCGGCCGCAAAGGAAGCGAUGUACGUGCUGCAGAAAGCGGUUGAUCAAGGACGGAUCAGCGGGCAGGACUUUGUGCGGCAGAUGAGAGCGCUGGGAAGGGAGGUGUUUGCUAGGAUGGUGCUGGCGAGGAAGUGUGCCAGAGGUUUGGGCUUGGAAAUGUGA